AUGGCCGGGUGUGGCAUCUUGUCGAGGCACUUGUCUCGACGGUCCGACAGAAAUCGGCCGUUCGUGAGGAAACAGCACCAUCGAAAACAUACCGUCCAGACGGUGACAUCAUCUGAUGAUGAUAGCGACGAGUGCCCGUCGCCUUCCCAAAGAGUGUCCGCGGCUGACGACCAAGGCUCGAUGACGGGGUACCGACGGUUUUCCCUCAAUGAUGAACAAGUCGACCCAGGACUGCUGAGAAAGCACUGCUCAUAUCUUUCAUAUACCAUAUCUAUAGCCACAUAUCCAGCCGUCAGGACAUUUUUCAGCCCGCAUCCUCACAUGGACAAGCUUCCUUCCAAGCCAACCCCUAUCCCAAUGCUUGUAUUCAUUCACGGUUUAGGCGGUAGUCUUGCCCAAUUCCACCCUCUGUUAACCAGCCUGUCAAAUGUCGGACCCUGUUUUGGGAUCGACUUGCCUGGUUGUGGUUUGUCCACGUUCGCCCCCACCGCUUGGGGAGCCUACACAACCGAAGCUCUAGCAGAACUCAUUGCAGUUGCUAUCGAAGAACAUCGAGACAAGGCAGCAAACCAGGGUGUCGUACUGAUUUCGCACAGUCUUGGGUGUUCUAUUUCUGCACUGCUAGCGUCGUCUAACUCAUCGGUGGCUAAGGAAUUACAACCGUAUAUCCAGGGUGUCAUUGCCAUCUGUCCCAGAGCAUCCCCUCCAUCAGCCCAAGAAACAGCGCUUGCUCGAAAACUUCUCUGGAUACCGACGCCUAUAUUUGAUUUAUGGCGUCUUUGGGAUCGCCGAGGAGGAACCCGGAGCAAAAGCGUUUCUCGAUUCGUCGGUGAACAAGCUGAUCCGGAUACUAGACAGCUCCAAUUACGAUUCAAUUCUCAAAGUCGAAGUGCUGUUUGGAGAAGAAUGGCCUGGGGAAGCCUUCCUGUAUACAACGGUCAUGGACAGCCCAUUGGAGGAAUGCCUGGUCAAACUAUCUGGGCGAAUGUCAAAGCGCCUCUCCUACUAGUUGCCGGCGAGGCCGAUGCAGUCACGAAGGCUAGUGAAGUGGCGAAGAUCAUUCGCUUCAUCGACAGUCCCGAUCAAGACUCAAGAAUGAGUACUAGCUCUGAGAAUGCAAUUAUUCCUGAUGCAACUAGAGUGCAGGACUCAAAGAGCCUAGAGUCUAAUAAUGCGCGCGCUCACGAGGAAAUCUAUGGGCUUGACACCUCAGAGAAGCAAUCUCUAGAUAUUGAAUCCACCAAAGGGAAAAUUGUCAGGACUAGUAUUCUGCCUGCGCCAGCAUCCCACGCUCUGCUCUACGAUCGUGCAACCUAUCGUACACUGGCGGGCUUGAUCCAAGACUUCGUUCAAAAGUAUAUUGACCACCGUCUGAGUCUUGGCUGGCAGUUACAACAUCUGAACACUUCUGGUAAGUGGGAUGUUAAGAAUCUUACCAAAUGGCAGAAAGUUGCCCCUACAUCGGCUCCAAUAGCCAAUACUUUCAUGGCCAUGAAGAUGCUGCGCGGGCUGGACGAGGUUCAUAACCCAGUCCGUUUCUCAGAGCAAUGGAAAGGCAAGAUUCAUGCCGUGAUUGACAUUAGUCAUGAAAACCCUGUCUAUGACCCGCAUGAGCUGGAAGAAGGCGGUGUCCACUAUCACAAACACCCAACAGUCUCUAAAAUACCACCUACUCCAGAUGAAACUCGGGACUUUAUUGGACUAGUCGACCAGCUGGAGAAGGAGAUAUCUGAUAAAUCGGGUAAAGAAGUUGGCGACCCUAAUCGCCCUUUGGUGGGAGUACACUGUCAUUACGGAUUCAACAGGACAGGCUUCCUUAUAGUCAGCUAUUUGAUUGAGAGGAAAGGGUAUAGUGUGCAGGCUGCAAUCGAUGAAUUUGGACAGUGCCGGCCCCCAGGGAUUCGACACGACCAUUUCAUAGAUACACUUUUUGUUCGAUAUUGUGUUGGGCUCAAGCGAAGCACAACAUUGGAGUGA